AUGGCUUGUUUACAUGUUGAAAGUCUCAGAAGAGAAUGGAGAGUUGCCGGAGUAGAUGAGGUUUCUAGGGCUACUUUCGCGACAAAGAGCUUUCUAGCACAGCCACCGGACCAAUGCCUCGGUAAUAUCCUUGGUGCACUGGACACCGGGGGAGAAAGCUAUCGGUCGAUGGAGGUUCGUUUUCAGCUAAACGGGGGAGUAUUGGGAGGCAUUAAUAGCCUCCUUCGAAGACCAGCAAAGGUAGUGAAAGCAAAGAGGUUCGCUAUCCUGGGAGCGGGCAGGUUCCCGUUCACUGCAACUAAUAAUUUACUGCAUAGGUCAGCGCAGCGCAACGGCCUUUAG